AUGUUUUCGUGGAUUACGGGUCCACGCAUUGCCAAUGCGAUCGAAGAUUUACAGCCAGAGAACAAUUAUGAGUCAACUAUUAUUGAACAGCCUGAGACACCUGCACAUCAGUUCGCCGUCAAAGCGUUCAAGCAUGCCAUAUUCGGCACUCCCGCACCCGAAGACACGAACGGUGCCUCGAAGCCAUCAGAGCGAAAGAAGCGCCUAGACGCAGCCAACGCGAAGAAGAUAGACUUACCAGCGCCGCCAGAAACUACGCCGCCAGUAUCGCCUUCAAAACAGCCGGGCGGUAUACUAAUGACCCCUGGGACCACGAGUAAAGGGAGGAAAACAGUAUCGUUUGGAUCGCAGGUCAUGGAUAACGAGGGUAAGAAGGUCAAUGGGGGCAAGAGUGGAAUUCCAAAUGAUUGCCCAGGAAAGUUUCCUAGCCCUUGGACACCUGGCGCGCAGUUGAAAUUAGAUCCCUCGAGCGACAAGAGGCCUCGCAACAAGCUUACUGAGGCUUUGCUGGAUGCACGCACAACCACGCAGCCGACAUCAGGCCAAAAACCUCGGGCGAGAGACGACACUGACAUCACGAUCGACAUGGGUGCGCCGCGGUCCGAGUCUGGGAAAUACUGGAAGGAGCAGUACGAGAGCUACGCUGAGAGAAGCGAGAAGGAAAUGAAAAAGGUCAUCGCAAAGCAGCAAUUGGCCAAGAAAUUUGCCAUGAAAAAAGACGGCGAGGUGACAGAACUUGUCACAAAACUUGAACAAGAGCGCAAACGAUUUAGGCAACGUGAACGAGAAUUGGAGCAACAGAACAAGAACUAUCAAGAGCAAGCACAGAGGGCAAUAGCUGAUAGCGCAUCAGCCAGCAUCGAAAUUGCGGAGCUGAAAGCACGUGUAGCCAUCUUGGAGCGAUCCGCUGCAAUGUCAUCAUCAGAGAUUCAGAACAGGCCAUCUUUCGAUAUAUAUGAAGAUUCGAGCAAAACACAGCCACAGCGACCUCAGGCGCGGGAACUCGACGCUUCACUCGCCCCAUCGGUUAGUAUGGCUUCUUCGAGCAAAGAAAAUACCUCGCCGACGUCUACAUCACAACGUCGUCGACCACUGCUUGACGCACCAAUCCUUCCCAAGCCACUAGCGAGGUUUGGCACCGAUGAUGGUCAAGUGUCCCUGAUGCUGGGCAAAUCGCCUCGUGCUUCUUCUCGAUCUACCGACACCUCUGAGCAAACACGACCAGCACCAGCAGAGAUACCAAAAUCGCCUCUGGACUCGCGAAAAUGGGAUUCUAUCAAGGAGAAUGGUCCACCCAGCUCACCCUUUGUCGUACUUCCUUCAAGCCCACUACCCAUGCCAUCAUCAGAUCCUUGGCUUGCAGCAGAAGCUAGCUCGAUAUUGCAAAUGGACAAGAUGGCGUUACCUGUCUCAACAGGAGUGCCAUACUCGAGACCUGAAUGGAAUCCACCGCCUAAGAAACCUAGGCAUGCGAAGCAGACAAACACGGGUAGCGCAGGCCGCAAGACUGGAUACACCACUGCAGCCAGGAAGUCUGUAAGCACAAGUACCAAAGCCCUAGACACUAAUGACAUCGCUCACGGAAUGGGAUCGAAAUCGACCACUACAAGCCGGUCUCUAGGCAACGCGGUGGAGGAAGAAACCAAAACCACUACUGUAUCGAAAGCGGCGACAACUAGAAGUCAGUCUGCUAGUGAUCCGAAGUUCGGCCUCUCAACGCUCACGGCUCACCAUGCCGAGGGUUCCAGGCAGGUCAAGCAAGAUCGAGCAGAGAUCUUGCCUACAGACCGCAAGGCAGAGGCCAGGCGCAGACUAGAAGCAAGGAAGAAGUUGCGAAAGAAUGCGGCUGCUUGA